AUAAAUCACUGAAACUUGAAAACCUUCAUCUUCUAUAUUAACAAAAAAUGGCGACCAUGGCCACUGCACUUACAUCUUCUCUCUCAACCAAAACCAACCCAUCUUUCUUAGAUUCUUCCUUCCAUGGAAUCGCCAUUUCUUCAUCUCCCAUCAGAGUUCCCCAGCAGCCCAUCAGAUCCUCCAAUCACAAUUUCUCUCUUUCUGUCUCCGCUUCCUCAUCUCCUCCCUACGAUUUGAAUUCAUUCACCUUCAAUCCCAUCAAGGAAUCAAUCGUUUCCCGAGAGAUGACCCGUCGAUACAUGACUGAUAUGAUCACUUAUGCCGAUACCGACGUCGUCAUUGUCGGCGCCGGCUCCGCCGGUCUCUCCUGCGCCUACGAGCUCAGCAAGAACCCUAAUAUUCAGGUGGCCAUAGUGGAACAAUCCGUCAGCCCUGGAGGAGGUGCGUGGCUGGGAGGACAGCUGUUCUCGGCCAUGAUCGUUCGGAAGCCGGCACAUCAUUUUCUGGAUGAAUUAGAAAUUGAGUACGAUGAGCAGGACAACUACGUUGUGAUCAAGCACGCGGCUUUGUUUACUUCGACGAUCAUGAGUAAGCUAUUGGCGAGGCCGAAUGUGAAGCUAUUCAAUGCGGUGGCUGCAGAGGAUUUGAUCGUGAAACAAGGAAGAGUUGGAGGUGUGGUGACGAACUGGGCUUUAGUUUCAAUGAACCAUGAUACACAGUCGUGUAUGGAUCCGAAUGUGAUGGAGGCGAAAGUGGUGGUGAGUUCUUGUGGACAUGAUGGACCAUUUGGUGCCACUGGUGUGAAGAGGUUGAAGAGUAUUGGAAUGAUUGAUAGUGUACCUGGAAUGAAAGCUUUGGAUAUGAACGCGGCUGAGGAUGCUAUUGUUAAGUUGACGAGGGAGAUCGUUCCUGGGAUGAUUGUUACUGGUAUGGAGGUGGCUGAGAUCGACGGUGCUCCGAGAAUGGGGCCUACAUUUGGGGCGAUGAUGAUAUCAGGGCAAAAAGCAGCUCAUUUGGCUUUGAGGGCACUGGGACUUCCGAACGCAUUGGAUGAUGAAUCGAAUGUCGUCGGAGAAAUCCGGCCGGAAUUGAUGCUGGCGUCGGCGGAGGGCGGCAUUGAAACUGCAGAUGCCUAGCUAGAAUAAGCUGCCGCUGGAGUUGUCGGCCUGCCGGAGAGUGAUUAAUAAAUAAUAUAUAGAUGUCUCUUUCCAUUGCCGUGUGUGUAAUAAAAGUGAAGAUGACGAGGAUCUGAUCUGAUCUGGUCUACACUUUUGGCCAAAGUUUAUUGUUCUUGGCUUCGCUAUGGACUAUGAGUCUGAUUGAUGAUGAUAAUUAAAGAUUUCGCCAAUUCAUACAA